GGGUGCAUAGGGAGACAGUGGGGAAGGCAACUCCUUGGUGCCAAAUGAAAACAACCAGAGAUUUAUUAAGGAAGGUUCAAGGUUCAAAAAGUGACAACGCUUCGGAGUCAUUGACAGAAGAAACAUACACAGGAGGAUGGAUGAAAACAGCUGGUAGAUUAUUACAUACUUCUGACUUAAUGUGAAAAUCUGUUCAUCUGAAACACAGCUAUCUUUGAAUCAGGUCCAAAGUUUUGUCUUGUAUGAGCCAUGGCUGACCCGGCCUGGUGGAAACUGACCUUCUUGAAGAAGAAUUCUUCUAAGUCCAAGGUCCUUUAUGAAAUCCCAACUGAGUACGGAAGCAACACUGGCAAUAAAGAGCUGUCCAGCCCUCCUCAAAGCACAGAUAACGCUGGCAGUCACCUAGACGCCAGGCUGGAAAAGAUUGUGGACAAGUCUGCCGCCAAAAGCCGUCAUGUCAAAGUCUCUCACUCUGGCCGUUUCAAAGAGAAAAAGAAGGUUCGAUCCACUUUGGCUGACAAUUCAAGUAUUUUCAGUGAACAUGACAGGACUGACGAGAACUUUGCUGUAGACAAAUAGCACACAUACUUAAAAAGGAGAUGCUUCUCAUUCAUACGCGGUACACCCACCCACUCAUACACCCAAACCUGCACACACGUUUUACAAAUACCAUGAAAGAGGUCUUCUGAAGAGGUGUUCUGAUAUCAGCAUGGGAUAUUUGCUCAGUGUAAAGAGACGUACUAUGUGACUAUUAUUAUAGAAAACUAAUUUAGAGUUUAAUUAUUCAUUGUAAUAUGUGUAAUACUUAAUCAGACCUGUUUUAUGUCCAUUUUAGCAUACUCAUAGGAUUGCUUGUUGAAAAAAAACCUUCUAACUGUGUAUUGAUUUAUGCAAUGGUACUGGAUGUUUAAGCAAAGACAGCAGUAUGGCCAUUUUCAAUGUUUUACUUCACCAGGACAUUCACAAAGGGCAGAUACUCUACACGUGUUUAAAUACAACAUAUCUACUUUGGUACGUGUUGCCUAUAGUUUGCCUACUGUUUCAUCAAAUGAGCAUAAUAAAAUCAACUGACUGACAAAA